AUGGAAAUUUUACCGGAAAAGUUAAAAGUGCCUAUUGCGCCAUACUGUGAAUCAUUGUUUAAGGAUAUCACUUUUCCACAGGACGGAAAAGAAAAUUUGUUGACGUUAUUGCAAACAAAGGGACAAAGUUCACGGUUAUGGUCUGCAUUUGCGGUGAAAUACGACGAGCUGUUGGUGAAUGAUGGGAUGGAUGGUCGAAUGAUCGUUUUCGUGGUCGUUGUAAAUACUAGUCAUAUUGUUUGCAAAAUUUGCGGCAAUUGCCGUAGCAUUGCCAGCGAAACAUUCUUAGAUUCGAUGCAAUAA